GUGCUCGCCCGGCUUGCUGGUGCGAGCCCCGCUGACGGCGCUGCCUCCGCUACGGAACCCAAGCCGAAGGCGAAGGCCGCUGCUGCCCCUGGCGCCGGCGGCGCCUCAGGCGAGGCGGCGAAGCUGCGGCAGCAGCUGGACGCCGCCAACCGCAAGCACGCGCAGGACCUCAAGAAGCUCAAGGGCGAGCUGGCGGAGCUGCGACGGGCCCGCGCUGCCAGCGGUGACGCGGUGGAGCCCGCAUCUGGCGGCAUGGGCCUCGACGGCGAGAGCGACUUGGACAAGGCGGUCGCCUCGGCCAGCGACGGGCUCAAGAAGGCCCAAAGUAUACCGGAGGAGCUGCGCGACCUGGUGGCCGGCGGCUACGAGGCGUGCAUCGCGAAAUUCCCGGCCGACUUCGCCAAUGCACAAGCUGCGCGGCGGGUCGCCAUUCCUCUCAGCAAGCAACUGGAGGCGGCGGAGGCCCACGAGGCGCGCAUGGGCAAAGGGCUGGCAGACGCCAAGUCGGCUUUGCAGGCUCGCGAGGCCGAUCGGGAGGAGCUCCAGAAGAAGAUCUUGUUUCAGCAGGCGGCCACCGCCGAGUCCGAAGCCUCAGCGGCCGAGGCCGCUGCGGAG